ACCGUCUGCAGCUGCCAUCUUCUGUGAUAACCACACAGAGGAUGUUCCUGCUCCUCUUCAUCCUCCUAGUCCUUCCAUCACCCAGCCUGGUCAUGACAUCAUCACCUCGUGCUGCAGCACUGUGGCGCAACAGAGUAUCGUCCAUCAAUGCCUGCCAGCAGAUGGAGGCGGUGGGCGGAGGCCUGACGAUCCGCUGCAGUGGACUCAGACUGACUCAGGUACCUGCUGGCCUAUCCAAUCAAACCACUCGUCUCUAUCUGAACAAGAACCUGCUCAGCUCCCUGCUUGCCUACUCCUUCUCCACAUUGUUUCUGCUAGAUGAGCUUGACCUGUCACACAACCAGCUCUCGUCUCUUGAAGCCGGUUGUUUCUUUGGAUUGGCGUCUUCUCUUCGGUACCUGGACCUUUCAUUCAACCGUCUCACCACGUUGGACCCAGCUGUGCUCAGUGGGCUUCAGGUCCUAGCCAACCUCACCCAGAACCCCUGGCACUGUGAUUGCAGGAUGCAGAUGUCGAUACCUCAGCUGGAUGUAGACCAGUCUUCUCUGGAGAAGGUCAUCUGUCAGACAUCGGACCUCCCGAAUCUAGGAGCUGUCGGACUUCCUCUGGUCGUACUGGUGGAGGACUGGGAUCUGUGCCAGUCAGUGAGGAGAACCAGUGAAGUGGUCACCAUGGUUACCAUGUUCGUCUGGUUUUCCAUGCUCAUCUCCUACCUGUUCUACUACAUUCAGCAGAACCAGGCAGUUGCUCGAAGACACUUGGAGUACCUCAAGUUCCUGGAAAGUCGGGACCCUUUCCGACCCAGAUGAGGAGCUCCUUAAAGAGCAAGUCACCCCCAAAUCAACUUUUUUUUGCUGAUAAACUAUAUAAAUGUGUGUCUAAUUGUGCUGCAGACAUGUGUAGUCAAUAAUUUGGUACUUCAGUGCACCUUAGUUAAAAUUUAAAAUUUCUGCCUAAAACUGUCAGUGUUGCGCCGUCGUCAGGAAAAAAAUUCUGCACUGCAUUUGAAUUUAAAUCUGCCAUCGCUAUUGGCUAACAGGUAUGCCAUGAUGUAAACUGGUACAUUAUGAUGUCACAAUGCCUGUGUGUGUGUGUGUGUGUGUGUGUGUGUGUGUGUGUGUGUGUGUGUAUUUGUUAGUGGCUCCGCCUCCCCCUCUCAGCCUUCUAGGCAACAGCAUUUGUUGCAUUUUUCAAACAUGAAGAGGGAGUGAAGUAAGUUUCUUGUAGGCGGUGACUUGCUCUUUAAAGAAGAUCCUUAUGCAGCACUGAGACUUUGUACAACACCUGACCAAGAGUUUUAUCACAGAUCACUACCCCCCUUACAUAAUGAUGUAGUAAAGUUCCUGUGAAUAUUCUUCAGAAACUAAACCUUUAUUUGGUCAAAGAACUUCAAGGAACUUCUCAGACAGCAUUCUUCUGGACUAGUGAACCCUCUGAAAGUGUCAGGAUCCAGCAGGUGGAGCUGUUCCUCUCUUUUCCCAGGUGCUGAGUGGUUCCAGCUGGAGCCAAUUACCUCAUCAAGGCAGCAGUAUUUAGAGGAUUGGAGCCACCAGACAGACGUCAGCUGAUUCUGUCUGUUAAUGGAAUGUUAAUGUAGUUAUCAAACAAUAAAAAGAUUUAAGAACAGGA